UUACUUUUCGGGUAAGGACAUACUAAUACAGUGUACAAAUUGUAGUUAUCCUUUCUUGUCCUCUUCACCAACUAGUCUACUUAUGUUGUUGCUACCAACUUCAAGAAACAUAACAUUUAGGUGAUACAUUCUUGAAUCUCUCAAACUCACAAAACCAAGUUGUGCAAUUCUUGAAUCUUGAAUAAUGGGAGAAGAAAUUGAGGUGAUACAUUCUUGGUCUGCACCAAGGUCCCUAAGCAGCAGCCUCAUGUACUCUUUUUCCCAGAGAAAUGACAUCGAAGUUCUUGAUGAACCCCUGUAUGCAAAUUUUUUGCGAGUCACUGGAGUGGAUAGACCUUACAAGGAAGAACUUCGAUCCGAAAUGGAGAAUGAUGGAAAUAAGGUGGUGAAAGAGGUCAUCUUCGGUGCAGGAGUAAAGAAGUAUCGCUACUGUAAGCAUAUAGCCAAACAACGUGUGCCAGGUUUGACAAAUGAAUUGAUGAAAAGAGGAAAGCACUUCAUACUGAUAAGGAAUCCCCUUGAUAUCUUGCCAUCCUUUGAGAAGGUUGUACCUCCAUCAUUUCUUGAGCUGGGGUUGGCAGAGCUGGUCUCCAUAUACAGUGAGUUAUCUGAAUCAGGAAGACCCCCACCAGUUAUUGAUGCUGCAGAUCUUCGAGAAAAUCCCGAGGUGACCCUGCGUGGCCUUUGUGAAGACCUUGACAUUCCAUUUCAAGAUUCAAUGCUCAGGUGGGAAGCUGGACCGAAACCAUUUGAUGGCAUCUGGGCACCAUGGUGGUAUAAAAGUGUGCAUAAAUCAACAGGUUUUUCUCCAGCAAAGAAAUACCCUAUGCCAUUUCCAACAUCAUUGUAUGAUAUGUUGGAGCAAAGCCUACCCUUUUACAACAUGCUUAAACGUCAUGCUAGACGAUCUUCUUCUAAUUACCUGAACUCAACUUUACCUCAUCCUAGUCUUCCUGUUCCUGCUAAUGAGAAGCUGCUUGCAUGGGUUGGUGAUGAGAUUGUGCCUCGUGAGACUGCGAAGGUUUCAGUAUUUGAUUCAAUUGUCCAAGGUGGUGAUGGAGUUUGGGAGGGCCUUCGAGUGUACGGCGGAAAGGUAUUUAAGCUUGAGGAGCAUUUAGAUAGGAUGUUUGACUCUGUGAAAGCACUAGCUUUCAGCAAUGUACCAACUCGCGAAGAGGUGAAAGAAGCUAUUUUCAGGACUCUUUUAAGAAAUGGAAUGUUUGAUAAUGCACAUAUCCGACUAACUUUGACACGUGGUAAAAAGGUAACCUCAGGAAUGAGCCCGUCAUUCAAUCGUUAUGGAUGUACUUUAAUUGUUCUUGCUGAAUGGAAACCUCCAGUCUAUGACAAUGAAAAGGGCUUAAUGUUAGUGACGGCAACCACUCGUCGUAAUUCACCAAAUAAUUUGGAUUCAAAGAUUCACCAUAACAACCUUCUCAACAACAUUCUUGCAAAGAUAGAAGGUAAUAAUGCUGAGGCUGAUGAUGCAAUCAUGCUUGAUAAAGAUGGCUAUGUGUCAGAAACUAAUGCUACAAAUAUAUUCUUAGUGAAGAAAGGGCGUGUGGUGACACCUCAUGCUGAUUAUUGCCUUCCUGGCAUAACUAGAGCAACAGUUAUGGAGCUUGUGCUGAAGGAAAGUUUAGCUUUAGAGGAGCGACGAAUUAGCUUAUCAGAAUUUCACACUGCUGAUGAGGUGUGGACAACAGGAACUAUGGGGGAGCUGAGCCCGGUUGUCAAAAUUGAUGGACGUAUAGUUGGUGAUGGUCGAGUAGGACCUAUAACACUGAGAUUACAAAAUGCUUACAAGAAUCUCUCAAAAGAUUCAGGAGUGCCCAUACCAACCUAUGAGAAGAGCUAAAUAUAUAGUUUCCAGGUGUCUCGAUACAACACAGCUGGAGAAGGGAUGUUCUU